AUGGUGCGACGGGGUGCGGAUGCGUUCACGGACCAGCUGGAGGACUCGCACUGCCACACGGCGAACAGCAGGGUACCCGGAGGUGACAACGAUAUGUCGCCGGUGCCGCUGGAUCCAAGCCUUGCGCCGCUUCUGCUAUUCGACCGCGGUGGUGGCCAGUCCGACGACGACGAUGACACCAUCUUCUUGUACAGCAUACCCAAGAGGAAGCUGCUGAGCAGGUCCAGGAGAGCCGCCGGCCUCGCAGGCCACCGCUACUGGGUGACACCACAAGGCUGGCUGCUGAUGCUGCAUCUCGAAUCGCGCGACACCUUCCUAUGGAAUCCGUCUAGCUUCAAGAGAAUUCACCUCCACGUCGACCAAGACAAUCUCCUUGACGGCAUAGGAGACGGCAGGUGCCUGCUCUCGCGGAGGCCGUCUGACGCAGACGCAGACUGCGUCGUGCUCCUACUAGACCGUGACAACAGCGUCUUCUACUACUGCCGUCCAGUACCAGGAGGCAGCCGGUGGCUCAGGCACGCGCAUGGUCACCAUAGCUUGAUGGACAAUUGCCUUGCAACGGCUGGUGAAAAAUUCUGCUCAUACAACGCCAACGGAAUUGUGACGCUCGAGUUUUCUCCCAACCCAACGUUCACGACGCACGACCUGUUGGAACAUAGUAGUAGAAUAAUAAAACCCACGGGGUAUACCAUGUGGUGUGAUCUCGUCGUCGAGAGCAACGGCGAGCUCUUCAGCCUGAUAUUCUGCCACCCGGUACUGUCUGAACGAAGAGUGGCGCAGAUCGUGGUGCGCAAGCUGGAUCUCUCGACGGGAGCUUGGCUGAGAGCGGACACGCUGGGCGGCGCCGUGUUCCUCGUCGAUUGCACCCGCCGUUACGGGGCGUCGUUUGAUGCCCGUCGGGUUGCUGGCCUGGGAAAGGGGAACCGCAUAUACUUUCUGACGUACGAGGACAAGGCGUUGUAUGUGUAUGACCUCGAGCGGGGAACUACUGCCAUGCAUGAUCCUGGACUCGAUCUACACGAUUCUCAUGUACCUGAAUUUUUCAUGCCUCUCGUUUAG